CCGGCCACCUGGACCUGCCGCCGCGCGGGCAUCGAUGCGGGACCGCGACACCGGUCGGGGGUGAUUUGAGAAGCAGAGGCUGGCGGCCCCCAGAAUUUUGAAGUCCCUGUGCGGCAGAAUUUUUGAUUCCGGGGUGAAACCCCGAUCCGGCCGUCUCCCCUUCCUGUGGCCUUUCCACCUGGCAGCAGCCGAGCACCACCCUCCGCCCUGCGCAGCCCCACCUCUGGGGCAUGGCGAAAUUACACGUUAAGUCUGUAAUCGGUGUAGAUACCUGUUUUUAGCAAAACUUGGGCGCCAGUGACUGCUUUUAAGGAGGAGGGUGGAGAGAUUCCGUGAUGUGUUUUUGCUUGUGUGAUUCAGCAGCCUUGCCUUCUUCCUCUUUUAGGUUAGGACAGUGCCUGGCGGUCGGAGCUCUCAAUAAUUUGUUUUGGUUCAAGUGUAUGAAGAAAAAUGGCCCACACAGAUGUGUAGGAAAGGAAAAGUAUUUUUAAGAGGAUUUUCAGGUUUAAUCUAGAGACUGACUGUAUGAUAGAAACACCCACACUUUUAUCAAUGGUCGGGGAAAGACAGUGGCAACAGGCGAAGAGAGACUGAAUCACAAAGACAAUGAGUCUGCUGAAGCCAAGUGGGCUGAAGGCCCCUACCAAGAUCCUCAAGCCGGGAAGCACAGCCCUGAAGACACCUGCUGCUGCUGCAGCCCCGGUAGAAAAAACGAUAUCUAGUGAACGAGCCUCGAGCGCUCCCUCUGCCGAGACCCCAGAGGAGUUUGUGGAUGACUUUCGAGUUGGAGAGCGUGUUUGGGUAAAUGGGAAUAAGCCUGGAUUCAUCCAGUUUCUUGGAGAGACUCAGUUUGCCCCAGGCCAGUGGGCUGGGAUUGUUUUAGAUGAACCUAUUGGCAAGAACGAUGGUUCUGUGGCAGGAGUUCGGUAUUUCCAGUGUGAACCUUUAAAGGGCAUCUUUACCCGACCUUCAAAGUUAACCAGGAAGGUGCAGACAGAGGACGAAGCCAAUGGCCUGCAGACGGCUCAGGCAUCCAGAGCCGCUUCACCUCUGUCCACGUCUGUAGCCAACAUGGUGUCCUCCUCAGCCACACCCUCAAACAUUCCCCAUAAGUCUUCCCAGCCGAGAGCCAAGGAAUCGCCAGCCACGCCUCAGAUCAGCAACCUUACGAAAACUGCCAGCGAGUCAAUCUCCAACCUUUCUGAGGCUGGCUCAGUCAAGAAAGGAGAGCGAGAGCUCAAAAUUGGAGACCGAGUGUUGGUUGGUGGCACCAAGGCUGGUGUUGUCCGGUUUCUUGGGGAGACCGACUUUGCCAAGGGGGAAUGGUGUGGUGUGGAGCUGGACGAACCUCUUGGGAAGAACGAUGGUGCCGUCGCUGGAACGAGGUAUUUUCAGUGUCAACCCAAAUAUGGCUUGUUUGCUCCGGUCCACAAAGUGACCAAGAUUGGCUUCCCUUCCACUACACCAGCCAAAGCCAAGGCUGCCGCAGUGAGGCGUGUGAUGGCCACCACGUCUGCCAGCCUGAAGCGCAGCCCGUCCGCCUCCUCCCUCAGCUCCAUGAGCUCCGUGGCCUCCUCUGUGAGCAGCAAGCCCAGUCGGACAGGACUAUUGACUGAAACCUCCUCCCGCUACGCCCGCAAGAUCUCAGGCACCACUGCCCUCCAGGAGGCGCUGAAGGAGAAGCAGCAGCACAUUGAGCAGCUGCUGGCUGAGCGGGACCUGGAGCGGGCCGAGGUGGCCAAGGCCACCAGCCACGUGGGGGAGAUAGAGCAGGAGCUAGCCCUGGCCCGGGACGGGCAUGACCAGCAUGUCCUGGAGCUGGAAGCCAAGAUGGACCAGCUGCGAACCAUGGUGGAAGCAGCCGACAGAGAGAAGGUGGAGCUUCUCAACCAACUGGAGGAGGAGAAAAGGAAAGUUGAGGACCUUCAGUUCCGGGUUGAAGAAGAAUCAAUUACCAAAGGCGAUCUUGAGCAAAAGAGCCAGAUUUCUGAAGAUCCUGAGAAUACGCAGACCAAACUGGAGCAUGCCCGCAUUAAGGAGCUUGAACAGAGCCUGCUCUUUGAAAAGACCAAAGCUGACAAACUGCAGAGGGAGUUAGAAGACACUAGGGUGGCUACAGUGUCAGAAAAGUCGCGGAUAAUGGAAUUAGAGAAAGACCUAGCUCUGAGAGCACAGGAAGUGGCUGAGCUCCGAAGAAGGCUGGAGUCCAGUAAGCCUGCUGGGGACGUGGAUAUGUCACUUUCCCUUUUGCAAGAGAUAAGCUCUUGGCAAGAAAAGUUAGAAGUCACCCAGGCUGACCAUCAGAGGGAAAUAACUUCUCUGAAGGAGCACUUUGGGGUCCAGGAAGAGACAUAUCAGAAGGAGAUAAAGGCUCUGCACACAGCCACAGAGAAACUUUCCAAAGAGAAUGAGUCCUUGAGGAGCAAGCUUGACCAUGCCAACAAGGAGAAUUCAGAUGUGAUAGCUUUGUGGAAGUCCAAACUGGAGACUGCCAUUGCGUCCCAUCAGCAGGCGAUGGAGGAGCUGAAGGUGUCCUUUAGCAAAGGGGUUGGGGCAGAGUCCGCUGAGUUUGCUGAAUUAAAGACGCAAAUAGAGAAACUGAGAGUAGAUUACCAGCACGAAAUAGAAAAUUUACAGAACAAACAAGACUCUGAGCGGUCUGCGCACGCUAAAGAGAUGGAAGCCCUAAAGUCUAAACUGAUGAAGAUCAUUAAGGAAAAGGAGACCAGCCUGGAAACCAUCCAGUCCAAACUGGACAGAGCAGAAGACCAGCACCUAGUAGAAAUGGAAGACGCCUUAAACAAAUUGCAGGAAGCUGAAAUAAAGGUAAAGGAGCUAGAGGUACUGCAAGCCAAAUACAGUGAACAAACCAAGGUCAUUGAUAAUUUUACAUCACAGCUAAAGGCUGCCGAAGAAAAGCUCUUGGAUCUUGAUGCACUUCGGAAAGCCAGUUCCGAAGGUAAAUUGGAUAUGGAGAAACUUAGACAGCAGCUUGAGGCAGCUGGGAAACAGAUUCAAAAUUUAGAGAUUGAAAAGAAUGCUGAAAGUGACAAGGCUAGUAGCAUUGCCAGAGAGCUCCAGGGAAAAGAGCUAAAGCUUACUAACCUUGAGGAAAAUUUGAGUGAAGUCAGUCGAGUGAAAGAGGCUUUGGAAAAAGAACUGCAUAUUUUGAAAGAAAAAUUUGCUGAUGCUUCGGAGGAGGCAGCCUCUGUCCAGAGAAGUAUGCAAGAAACUGUAAAUAAAUUGCACCAAAAGGAAGAAGAGUUUAACAUGCUGUCUUCUGAAUUGGAGAAGUUAAGAGAAAAUUUAUCAGAUAUGGAGGUGAAAUUUAGAGAACGAGAUGAAAAAGAAGAGCAGUUGAUAAAGGCAAAGGAAAAAUUGGAAAAUGACAUUGCCGAAAUAAUGAAGAUGUCAGGAGAUAAUUCUUCUCAGCUGACGAAAAUGAAUGAUGAAUUACGUCUGAAAGAAAGAUGUGUGGAAGAAUUACAGCUAAAACUUUCAAAGGCCAAUGAAAAUGCGAGUUUUCUUCAGAAAAGUAUUGGGGAAAUAACUCUUCAAGCCGAACAGAGCCAGCAGGAAGCAGCCAGAAAGCACAAGGAAGAAAGGAAAGAAUUGGAGGAAAAAUUGUUGGACCUGGAAAAGAAGGUGGAAAUGAGCCACAACCAGUGUCAGGAUCUGAAAUCCAGGUAUGAAAAGGCCAGUUCUGAGACGAAAACAAAGCAUGAAGAAAUCCUGCAGAACCUACAGAAGGUGCUGCUGGCCGCGGAGGAGAAGCUGAAGGCUGCCCAGGAGGAGAACAGAGGCCUGAUGCAGGAGAUGGAGGACCUGAAAGUACAGGCUGACAAAGCCAAAUCGCUAACUUAUUUGUUAACAUCAGCCAAAAAAGAAAUUGAACUAAUAUCAGAAGAACUGAGGGGUCUGAAAUCAGAGAAGCAGCUUCUUGCUCAGGAGGGGAAUGCUUUAAAGUUAGAAAAAGGUUCGCUUUUAUCAAAGCUUGUAGAAGUGGAGGCCAAAAUGACUUUGCUUCAGGAAGACCAGCAGAAACUGUGGUCAGUAAAUGAAACUCUUAAUUUAGAGAAGGAGAAAGUCUUAGAAGAAAAACAAGAUGUUGAAAAGCUUUACCAGCAGGAACAUCUCCAUAAAGAAUCUUUGGCUGUUGAGAGAGAGAAAUUGCUUAAAGAAAUCAAUGUUGCACAGGAAGAACUCUUAAAGAUACAUAGGGAGAAUGACUCUUUGCAAGCUUCCAAGGCAGGUGUGCAGGUGCUCAUUGAUGAGCUCCGGUUCCUCAAAGAUACCAUGACAGCUGAGUCGGAGAAGGCGAGGGCAGAAAAAAACCACCUGGAGGAUCAGAUCAAGAAGCUUACUGCAGAAAAUCUCCUCUUAGUAAAAGAUAAGGAUGACAUGAUUCAGAAGCUUCAGAGCGCUUAUGAGGAGCUAGUCAAGGAUCAAAAAGCUUUGGUCCAGGAGAUUGAAGAGCUCACGUCAGAGAAGAAGUCAGUGGUAGAGAAGAAGUCAAGCCUUGAUAAUGCAUGCCUGGUCCUGAAAACAGAACGAGAUGACCUCCUCCAGAGAAACAGAGACCUACAAUUUGAGAAGGACGUGCUGCGUCAGGGUCAGGAAAAGCUGAAUGCCAACUUGGAGGCUGCCCUCCAGGUCAAGCAGCUGCUCAGCACAGAGGCUGGGACGCUGCGCACGCAGCUGGACUGUGCCAGCAAAGCACUGAGAAAGGCUGAGCUGGAGACAAGGCAACUUCAGGCCACCAACACAAGCCUCACAAAGCUCCUGGAGGAGAUUAAGACCAGUCGAGCGAUCACAGACUCUGAGUGCAUCCAGCUUCUCCACGAGAAAGAGACUUUGGCAGCCUCUGAAAGGAAACUCCUGGCCGAGAAGGAGGAACUUCUAAGUGAAAAUAGGAAUAUCGCUGAAAAAUUCAGCAAGCGCUCGGAAGAAGCCACCCAUGUUGAGAAGAGCCUGAAUGAGAAGAUCACAUACCUAACUUCUGAGAAAGAGAUGGCUUGUCAGAAAAUAACUAAGCUUAAAAAGCAACAGGAGAGUCUCUUGCAAGAAAAAUCAGCCCUGGAAGUGCGAAAUGGAGAUUUACUUGCAGAGAGAGAAAGUUCCAUCAAAGCCAUAGGAGACCUUAAAAGGAAAUAUGAUCAAGAGGCUGCAAACAAAAGGAUAAUUGUGCAUGAGAAGAUGAAACUACUCAGCAGUGUUGAUGCUCUGAAAAAAGAACUUCUAGAGAGAAAAAGGGAAAACCAAGAACUGGUGACCAGUAAGUGUGACCUUUCUUUGAUGCUGGAAGAGGCUCAAAAUGCCAAAGAGAAUCUUGAAAAAGAACACACCAAUAUGAUGCAAGCAAAGGAGAAUCUGAAUGCUGAGCUUAAGACUUGUUGCUGUGAAAAGAACAUUUUGCUGAGGGAUGGCUUGAACCUGCAAGAAGAAUGUCAGAAGUUAAACAAGACGAUCCAUGAAAUGCAGCAGUCCUUAAUGCUGGAAAAAGAAGCCAGAGUGAAGGAAAACGAGUCAUCCUUAUAUGAAAACAAUCAACUCCACGGGAGAAUGGUGCUCCUGCAGCAGGAGGUAGAGGAGUUAAGAGUGUGUACUGAACAGCUCCAGUCUGAGAAAUUCACACUAAUCCAAGAAAAGACUAAAUCGGAGCAAAAGGUGGUAGAGAUCAUUAAAGAAAAGGAACUCUUGAGUAUGGAAACAGCUCAGCUCGCUGCCAACAUAGAGACCCUGAAAAGCGAUUUUGCUACCUUGUCUAAGUCCAAGUUGGAACUGCAGGAGCUGCACAGCUGCCUCUCCAAGAUCCUGGGUGACCUCCGGCUGAACCAUGAAGUGACUGUGGCUGAGAGAGCCCAAGUGAUACAAGACAACAAGAACCUUCUGGCUGAGAAAAGAGAGCUGAUGCUUAGAAAGGAUGAGAUCCUGAAGGAGAAGGAAAAGCUGGAAGAAAGCUACUUCAUUCUCCAGAAGGAGAUUAGCCAGCUGGCCCAAACCAAUAGCCACAUUUCAGCCAACCUCCUAGAAUCUCAGAGUGAAAACCGUACUUUGAGGAAAGACAGGAGCAAGCUUACCCUUAAAAUUAGAGAGCUUGAGACUCUUCAUUCAUUUACGGCUGCUCGGACUGCGGAAGAUGCCAUGCAGAUAAUGGAGCAGAUGACCAAGGAGAAGUCCGAGACGCUGGCCUCCCUGGAGGACACCAGGCAAACAAACGCAAAACUGCAGAGCGAAUUGGACACGCUUAAAGAAAACAACUUGAAAAAUGUGGAAGAGCUGAACAAAUCAAAAGAACUUCUGACUGUAGAGAAUCAAAAAAUGGAAGAAUUCAGGAAAGAAAUGCAGCUAGUGAGGGAGGAUGUGAGCUGCAGAAGAUUCCCUCACCAACCUCCCACUGCCAUAGUCCCACUCCUGAGCUCUCUGGGCCACACUAGAGAAACCCUAAAGCAGGCGGCAGCUCAGAAGUCCCAGCAGCUUUCAGCACUGCAAGAAGAGAACGUCAAACUUGCCGAGGAGCUGGGGAGAAGCAGAGACGAAGUCACAAGUCAUCAAAAGCUGGAAGAAGAACGAUCUGUGCUCAAUAAUCAGUUAUUAGAAAUGAAAAAGAGCUUGCCCAGUAACACUUUAAGAGAAUCCAAGUACAUAAAAGAGACAGAUGAAGAGAAAGCUUCCUUACAGAAAUCCAUCAGUAUUACUAGUGCUUUACUCACAGAGAAGGAUGCAGAACUGGAAAAGCUGAGGAAUGAGGUCACAGUGCUCAGGGGAGAAAACGCUUCUGCCAAGUCCCUGCAUUCGGUUGUUCAGACUCUAGAGUCUGAUAAGGUGAAGCUCGAGCUCAAGGUAAAGAACUUGGAGCUUCAACUCAAAGAAAACAAGAGGCAGCUCGGCAGCUCCACAGGUAAUACUGACGCUCAGGCAGAAGAGGACGAGAGAGCCCAGGAGAGUCAGCAAAUGAUUGACUUCCUAAAUUCAGUAAUAGUGGACCUUCAAAGAAAGAAUCAAGACCUCAAAAUGAAGGUGGAGAUGAUGUCAGAAGCAGCUCUUAAUGGCAAUGGGGACGACCUGAACACCUAUGACAGUGAUGACCAGGAGAAACAGACCAAGAAAAAGCCCCGCCUCUUCUGUGAUAUCUGUGACUGCUUCGAUCUCCAUGACACAGAGGACUGUCCCACCCAGGCACAGAUGUCCGAGGACCCACCCCAUUCCACACAUCAUGGCAGUCGGAGUGAGGAGCGGCCUUACUGUGAGAUCUGUGAGAUGUUUGGGCACUGGGCGACCAACUGCAACGAUGACGAGACCUUCUGAUGGCGGUGGCGUGCACCACGGGCCCUCAGAGGCACUCGCAUUUCAGCAACUGAACACCAGCACUGCGUGCGCAGACUUCAGGAGAACUCAUGUUAUUUUUGACCCCCUGUCAAGAAAUCUAAGAAAAUAUUUUGGUCUUCAACAAAUCAUCUUUUAGUCUCCCCUUAUAAGUUAGAAUAAUAAAUAUUAGUAGGUGAGAGUUCACCUCUAAUUUUGUUUUCCUGAUUUUUCAGUUUUAAGACUGCACCAGAUGCCAUUACAUUUAUUGUUCUACAGAGACGUCUAGAACAAGCCCUUCCCUUACCUUAUUUAAGAAACUUUAAAUUAUGCUGUUACUCUUCAUAUUUGCACUAAAUAUUUCUGGGCUGCAUUUGUAUAUUUAGGUUUUUGGGGAUUUUUUUUGGUUAAGCAUUGACACUGGAAUGAGUUAAAAGAUGUACCAUUUUGCAUUUUCAUUUACUCUAAAUUUAAAGUAUUUUAUAAUAUCUGAGCUCUUUGCACUACCUGUUGUCAGUAGUGCCUUUUUUGUAGGCUGGACAAUACUGGGUGUGAUUAUAAAUCAUGAAACAGGUAGAAGGAGGGGAAAGCCCCCAAACUGCUGUGGGGACAUUUUAUAAUCUAUAUGCUGCAUCCACUUACUCAACUGUGGUGUUUUCUUUCUUGGUUUUACAUAAUUUUUUGCUUAUAUAUAUAUAUAUAUAUAUAUCAUAUGUAUAUAUUUUUCGAGAAAAUCUAUAUUUUGGGGAAAAACACAAUGUUUUUUCUGUUCAGAUUUUUACCUUUAUGAAAAAUAAAACACUUGUAAAAUCAUCAGGAUGUAACAGACUAGGCCAAAAAUAGCAUCUUGCAGCUUCACAGUUAUUUUAUCUUCUGUUUUCAUUUUGGUUCUUUACCAGAUCUAAAUAGAUGGAAGAAUUUCUUGUAAUUAUUUUUUCUUCUCUAGCAAAUAUCCCCAGCAGUGAAUUAUCAAGCCACUGUAAAAUGCCUAAAUUAACCAAUCUACAGUCUUCCUUUACAAGAUUUUUAACUGUUCUUAGAUGAAUGUAUGAUGAGAAAUUCAACAUUAAUAAUUUUGAAUUUUCUGAUCACAAAAUAAUAAAGUGAAGGACCUCAACCUCCAGAAUAGUUUAUCAACCAGUCUGAAUCUAUUUAUCUUCAGUUGAAUGUCUUCUAGAAUAUGUAAAAUGUAAUAAUAUGUAUCUUUCAUGCUACAUGUAUAAUAAGAAAUUCUAUAAUUGUAUAUAUGCCUUUGAUGUAUUUUCCCCUAAGAUUAUCAAUUGUGUUUGACAAGUGAAUAUUAAAUAUGUUAGCAGUGGAAAUUUUUGGUUAAUAUAAUAGGAAUUGUUUCACAAAAAGAAAACAUGUAAAGCAGUAUUAAAAUUUGAGCAUACAAGUGUUCUGUAUCUUCUUUAAUAAAUUCUUUUUUUGGCCGGUGUUAGUAAUUUCA